UUUGCCCAGCUGAUAUAUUUGUUAAAUACCCUAAAAUGCUAAGAAAAUGAAGAUCUGGUAAUAACAGCAAAUAAUAACAAAAUAUAAAAAAUAUUUCGGUCGCAAUUUCAAGUCAAACAUUUUAGUGAAAAUAAAUUACCAUUUAAAACUAGAAAAAAUAGUUGUCUUUAAUAAUCAGUUAAAAAAUUUAAUUUACGGCAAAUAAAGGAAGUGCAAUGAGAUACAUUCGUUGUGUUGGACGAAAACUACAUGGCACAAACCUAGUUAAUAAUACGUUCAAAACCACAUAUCCAACAAACAUUUUGAAUAAACCCAGAAAUGAGGUAGCCGUAGUCGUUAUUGGCGCAGGACUUGCCGGUCUAUCAGCUGCGAAUCAUUUAAUUAAAAAUGGUUUCAAACAAACAAUAGUACUGGAGGCUACUGAUCGUUAUGGUGGACGUAUAAUUUCCAAGCAAUUCGGUGAUGCUUAUUGCGAAUUGGGCGCGAAAUUUGUGCCCAUAAACGCAAAAGAUGAUACGGUCUACAACAUACUGCAAAGCAUGAGAGGGCUACCGAAAAAAGUAAUACCAAACAAAGACAAAUUGUAUAUAAAUGCAUUUGGAGAAAAAGUUGAUCGGAAACUACCCGAGCUAAUAGAUAGACUCUACAAGCGGCUUUGUUCACAUAUACAGUUGGAUGAAAAAUACAGAACUGGCGCAAUGGAUGACUUAAAUAAUUUACACACAUAUUUUCAAGCUGAAAAAUCAAGAUUAAUAACAUCGGUUUUUAAUGGAGACGAACGGAAAACUGCAAAUGAAAUAUUCAAUUCACUAAUCAAAGAGUUUGGCAGCCUUUUAGGUUGCUCGCUGGAAUAUGUUAAUAUUGAACAUAUAACAAAGUUGAAAAAUGGUGUCAAUUUUGGCAACUACAUUUACAUACCUACUGGCUUAGACAACAUAUUACAUGUCUUAACGAAAAAUCUCUGCAAUACGCAGUUAAGGAUUGGCAAGCCGGUUGGUGAAAUCAAUUGGUAUAUACCGCCAGAAAUUGGUGGAAAACGUGUUGCUUGCUUAGAUGGUGAUGUAUUUCGCGCUGAUCACAUAAUUUGCACAGUGCCAUUGGGUGUACUUAAAAUCUUUUCUGAAAAUAUGUUCAGACCGUCAUUACCAAGCAACAAAAUAAAUUCCAUAAAAAAACUUGGGUUUGGAAGUCCAGUAAAAAUUUAUUUUGAAUACGAGGGAAAUAUAGACAGCUGGCUGAAGAGUAGUUUGCGGCCAUUAUGGCAAGCUGAUGGUACUAAUUCAGAUAUGACAUGGACGAAACAAGUUGUCGAGAUAUCGAAAUUACCAAAAAGCAAUAGAGUGGUAGAAGUAAUUAUUGGUGGUGAAUUUUACGAAAAAAUUGAGAAAUUACCAGAUAUGGAAGUGCUAACCGAAAUUACAAAUCUAUUGCGUACACUGUUGAAAAAUCGAAAUAUUCCUUAUCCUUCUACGAUCUUGCGUUCUAAUUGGAGUUCACUGGCAUGCUAUUUGGGUGGUCGUCCUUAUUUUUCCACUGGUAGCACAAUAAAUGACGUUUUAACACUGGCCGAGCCGGUGGGACCCAUGUCAAGUCUACUUUUUGCUGGCGAUGCAACCAUAGUAGAAGGCUUUGGUACUGUAGAUGGUGCGCAUAAGAGUGGCAUUAGAGAGGCGCAACGCAUAAUCGAUCACUACAAAAAACACGAGGCUGUUUAAUUAAAACCAUAGAAAUGAAAUGGCAAAUGUGAUAUUUUUUU